CGGUCUCUCGUUUGCGCGGUUGACGGCAUAUGCAUGGCCGCAACAUGCAUCGUCUGCAGACACCAUGGACACCUGGCUGAAGGCUGCACACGCUCAUGAUUGUAUCGUCGCAAACAAUGUAUAGUACUAUGGCUGACGUGCACGUACAGCAAAAUGUUCAUCGGUGGACUCAACUGGGAAACAACAGAUGAAUCACUCAAGAAUUACUUCUCCCAAUUCGGCGAGGUGGUAGAAUGUACCGUCAUGCGUGACGGUGCCACCGGUCGCUCUCGCGGUUUCGGCUUCCUCACCUUCAAGGAUCCGAAAGUCGUCAAUACCGUCAUGGUCAAAGAGCACACCCUCGACGGCAAACUCAUCGACCCUAAACGCGCCAUCCCGCGCGACGAACAAGAACGCACCGCGAAAAUCUUCGUCGGCGGCGUAAGUCAGGAAGCGAGUCAAGACGACUUUGCCAACUUCUUCCGCCGCUUCGGCAAUGUCCUCGAUGCCACCCUGAUGAUGGACAAAGAGACCGGCCGGCCCCGUGGAUUCGGUUUCGUGACCUUUGACAGUGAAGCCGCCGUGGACCGGACCCUGGAGUCCCCCCUCGCCAUCUGCGGCAAGAACAUCGAAGUCAAGCGCGCCCAGCCUCGGGGCGAUAUGCGCGAGGACGGCGGUGGUGGCGGCGGAGGCGGACGCGGGGGAAGGUUUGGUCGGCACAACAAACAUGACAACUUCUCCGGUGGCGGCGGCGGAGGCGGUGGCGGAGGCGGUGGGAACUUUGGCAACCCGAACCAAAUGCCCGUUAGUGCCGGCAAUGACGGGACGGGAGGCGCGCAGGGCCAGUUGUCUCCUGCGAUGAUGGCGGCGUAUUGGCAGAGGAUGCAGCAGUACUUCAAUAUGAUGCAGCAGAAUAUGGCGGCCGGGGGGAUGGGGGCGAUGAACCCGAUGAUGGCGAUGCAGCAGCAGAAUCCGGCGAUGAUGCAAAUGAUGGCGCAGAGGGGGAUGAAUCCGGCGAUGAUGAUGCAGCAGAUGGGUGGGAUGCAAGGAGGGGGUGGUGGUGGUGGUGGUAUGGGUGGUAACGGUGGUGGUGGUGGGUCGCCGAUGAAUGGAGGGGUUGGCGCGCAUCCCCCGCUCAACGCGCAGGAGCAGAUGAUGUUCGAGCAGCGCAAGUACGAGCAGCAGCAGAUGCAGCGGAUGCAGCAGGGAGGUGGCGUUGGGGUUGGAGGUGGGAACUUCGGCGGCGGCGGUGGAGGAAACGGCCAAACGUGGGAGGGCAUGUACGACGACGUGCCUGCCCCAGCGGGGAUGCAGGGAGGCGGCGGCGGCAACAUGCGUGGUGGGCGCGGUGGCGGGGGGCGAGGCAACCGCAUGGGCUCCCAAGGUCCACCGUCAUCGAUGACUCCACAGCCCACCGGCCAAGCUCCUGCGAACGCGCCCACGGGUCCCAAGAACUCUGGUCGGCCGGGCGGGAAUUACCGCGGCGGUGGGAGAGGGGGUCAUCGCGGUUUCCAUCCGUAUGCGAGGGGUGCUGGUUAGGAGCCGCAUCGUUCUUCGAUUGGUCUGCCUUUCCGUCCGAAGCCC